AUGGCCGUUGAGGGCCUCCCUCGGGACUUUAGGGGCUGGCGUCUCCAUCAAUGGACCUCGAGCGACGAUAGGGUUCGAGGCGGUAAAUCACAGUCCUUUCUGGAAAGCCGUGGUACGGCCGCCUAUUUCCACGGUACGCUCGAUAUCACUGCUCUGGGCGGGGCAGGCUUUGCCUCCCAGCGGACUGUGGGCGAAGAUCAACACUGGAACCUGGAAUCCUUCACAGGUAUCGAGGUCUCGAUCGAUCUAUCCCAGUCCGACGACAAUGUCUACACGCUGAUCCUCAAGGAUGAACUUCCUCCCAACGCAUCCGACGGCCGUGAACAAGCAACGGUAUCUUGGGAGUAUGACUUUUCCAAAUCCAAGUGCCGACCCUUCCCCCAGAUCGACAGCUCUACCACCACCACGACCUCGUCUUACCAGUCUGUCUUUGUGCCAUGGGACCACUUUAAACCCACAUACCGUGGCAAGCUGGUCAACACGCCCAGGAGUCUGGACCUGAGCAACAUCAGGAGGGUCAGCAUCAUGAUCAGGAGUUUCUUUGGAUCACAGCACGGGGAUUUCCACGUGCGCGUCCUGUCCAUCGUCGCGGUUGCGGUCAAGAGCACAAAACCCGCAAGGAUGCCGUCAAUUGUGGCGGGCAACGCAAGCGGCCACCAGAAAGAUGCCCAAGUCGCCACCACUGCCGCUGUAUCAGGAAAUGGGAGAAGAGAUGGAGAAUAA